CCUCUUAGAACCAGCGGUUACAUCUGAUCUCCUUUUCAUUAAAGAUCUCUUCUCUGCAGAAAACUAAGCAAAAUGCAAACCUUCAGCAUUCAGAACAAAAGAAUAUAUAGAUCGUCCUCAGAGGAUCUCAGCAUGCUAAGACCCACAUUUUACUCUUGGAGAAGUGCUGGGAAUAGGGGUUCCUAUUCCAAGGAUAUCUUUGGAUCUGCCACUGUACAAAUGGGGCUUGUUGGAAAUGUUGGAAGUGAAAAGGUUACCAUGCAAAUCCUGAAUGAACGUCUAGCUUCGUACCUGGAGAAAGUUAGGAGCUUGGAGAAGGCCAAUAGUGAGCUGGAGGUGAAAAUCCACCAGGUUCUGGUGAAAAAAGGUCCAGCCACUAAGGACUACAGUCACUACCAAGCCACCUUUGAGAAACUACGCAAAGAGAUUCUGGAGAUGGUUAUGAGCAAUGCAAAUGUGAGUCUUCAAAUUGACAAUGCCAAGUUGGCUGCCGAUGACUACAGGGUCAAGUAUGAAAAUGAACUGCAGCUAAGACAGUAUGUUGAAGCUGACAUAAAUGCAUUGAGAAAGAUGCUGGAUGACACAAAUAUGGCACGACUGCAUCUAGAAAAUGAUGUUGAAGGAUUGAAAGUGGAGCUUAUCGAGUUAAAGAAACGACAUCACCUGGAAGUGUCAGAACUAUAUAGUCAAAUCAACCAAUCAGGAGUGCAGGUGGAUGUUGAUGCUCCCAAGGGACAGGACUUGGCUAAGAUCAUGGAGGAGAUAAGAGCCAAGUAUGAAAAGAUUGCCCUAAAGAACCAGGAGGAACUGAAAAUUUGGCAUGAAUCAAAAAUCUCCAUGGUACAGGUUCAAGUGAGUGAGAAUGAGGAAGCAUUGAAAGAAGCCAAAACACAAGUCAGCGUGAGCCACAGGCAGAUGCAGACUUUGAAAACAGAGCUGCAGUCUCUGAUUGGAAGUAGAGCAUCUCUGGAAGACGCCCUUAAUGAAACAAAGUUGCGAUAUGGGAUGCAGGUGGAGCAAUAUAAUGGCAUCAUUUUGCUGAGAGAGUCUGAGCUUAAACAGCUGCGUGACAACAUUCAAAGUCAGACAGUGGAGUAUCAGGCCCUGUUCAACAUCAAGAUGGAGCUGGAAGCUGAGAUAGCCACCUACAGGAGACUUCUGGAUGGAGAAGAAUAAGAGUGAGCUUUUCGACCAUUUUGACCAUGCCUCUUUCUUCUUUAGAAACCUUCAUCUUGGUGUUAAUAAAAUAUUUUACAGAUUAGAGAAAGAAUCCAUCAGGACAACAUCAGAGACAACAUCUAGUGGAUGAAAAAAUAGUGUCCUCCAGCUCGAGUACUCUCAAAAAGUGAUAUAAACAAACAUGAGAUCACUAAUGUUCAUGAAAGACAACAGCACAAGUAAAACCACUAUGAAUAUUUUGAAUAAAUUAUAAUUAAAACUAUUUCAGUAGUAUUUCCUUUGAAUCAGAAUUUGAACACGGUAUUGGAAAGUAACACUCUUAAUUGAACCCAUACAGUGUAUCUCAACUCAAACUCUGUUGUUUUAGCAAUGUCAAAGUUUCAUUUUCAUGUCAUGAAAAUGAAAUUGGACCCUUAGGAUCUAAUAGGCAUUUUCAAAAUGUCAUCACAGUAAAAGAAAACAGUAAGUGGUGUCAGGUUUCAUAAAAAACUUUCCAACAGUCAUUCAUAAUGAAAGAGCAAAAUGAAAACAAAAUGAAGGUCUUAUUUUGUACUUCAAACUAACAACAAAUCAGCCUAUUGACAAUAAAUAUA